UGAUGUGUUUCUUGCACAGAAUGUCGAUAUUUGCAUUCGAAAAUCAUUUAAUGUGAAGUGGAUCUUACAACUUUGUUUUCCAGCGGAACAUAUGAAGAACUGACGUCACACACUUCAAGAUACUUCACAGUCUGCGCCCCUCCUGACUACAGCAGUGUAGUCGAAGCCGUUUCGUGCCAGACAACGUCCUUCAAGCCGUUCGCCUGUUCUGAUUUGAAUAUACACGUUAUUCAAGGUUCUCAAACACAAUGAUGGCCUUAACCACAACUCCUUUGUAUCCUGAGAUCUGGACAGAGCUGUCUCACAACGACUCAUCGCCAGGCAACUCGACAGACAACUAUGUUGACGAGCACGCAGAGCUCCGUCAGUCCCUCAACAUCAUGUCCCUCAUCAUUUCCUGCCUGGCCUUUGUGCUGGGGGUUCUGGGAAAUGGACUUGUCAUCUGGGUGACGGGAUUUAAGAUGAAGAAGACGGUCAACACGGUGUGGUUCCUCAACCUGGCUGUGGCCGACUUCCUUUUCACAGCGUUCCUGCCUCUGAGCGUGACCUACACAGCCAUGGACUUUCACUGGCCUUUCGGCAAGUUCAUGUGCAAGCUCAACUCCACGAUCAGCUUCCUCAACAUGUUCGCCAGCGUCUACAUCCUGGUGGUCAUCAGCAUGGACAGGUGUGUGUCCGUUGUGCGCCCUGUCUGGGCCCAGAACCAUCGGAACAUACGCAAGGCAUCCUAUAUCAGUCUGGGUGUCUGGCUGUGGGCCCUGGUCCUCAGCUCCCCCUACUUUGUCUUCCGGGACACCGGGGCGUCCUACAAGAACGAAGAAAUCAUCAACUGCUUCAACAACUUUGCUUUCUCCGAUGACUAUGACACAAAGGAGGUGGCAGAGCUGCGAGUGUUCCGCCAUCAGGCCAUGAUCGUCACCCGCUUCCUGCUGGGCUUCGUUGUGCCCUUCGCCAUCAUCGUCACUUGCUACGCCGUCAUCAUCCACCGGCUCAAGAGGAACCGCAACCUGGCCAGCCACUCCGGGCGGCCAUUCAAGAUCAUCGCCGCCGUCAUCACAGCUUUCUUCCUGUGCUGGGCCCCCUACCACAUCAUGGCCCUGAUCGAGAUGGUGAACAACGCGGCCGCUGAGUUCAGCUACACGUUAGACCACGUCACCACCAUCGGGGUCCCCAUAGCCACCAGCCUGGCCUUCCUCAACAGCUGUCUGAACCCCCUGCUGUACGUGUUCAUGGGCCAGGACUUCAAGGAGAAGCUGCGCAAGUCCAUUCUGACGGUUCUGGAGAGUGCAUUCACCGAGGAAGUGUCAAAGUCCAACCACACCUACACAAACUCUGGACUCACAAGCCGUAGCAAGGAGAAGUCCUAUUCUGAUGCUGAGGUAUAGGGUCUUAUAUUAUAAUGAGAAAAACUUUAUUGACCACACAAUGUGGAAAUUUGACUUUGGCUUUAAGAUAACAUGAUUGACAUCCUUAGAAGCAAAGAAAAUACAAACAUUAGAAGCCCCUUAUCAUCAAGGUAAUUCAAUAAUGUUUUCAAACAGCUCGAUACUUAGUUUAAGGGAAAGUUUAAGGCAGGAUUUCAGAAUUUGAAUGCUGAGCAUGUACUCAGUUUUAACAAGGUACAUCUCCAGGACUGAAUUCAAAUCAACAAGUUUGAUUUCAAUAACCUUUUGUGACUCAGAAAUGAUGGGGUCUGUGAACACAUUUCAGCACUGUUUUUGUAUGGGCAAUACAGUUACUAAUGAGAAUGUUGAAAGGGGGGUAGACUGUUAAUAGAGAAUACUGGAUAAGAUAAGAAUAAUUUGUAUGAUACACACGUCAUUGUUCAAGCUGAAGAUAUAAAUUAUCUGUCUUUUCAUUCAAAGACACUUUUUGUACAUACUUGUUUUUGUUAAAAUGAGGCUAAUAUUUAACAAAGAGACUAUUUUCUGUGAUUUAAACGUGUAAUUGUUUUAUUGAAGGAAUGUUGUUUUUCCUUAAUACUUUGAAGUAUAUGUUUGCAUUUGUAUACUUUUUUAUGUUUGUAUGAUGUUACUAAAUGCUUGAAUAGACGACUACUUAUUCAUUUCUGUUUUCCAGAAAUCUCCAGAACGCAUAACCAUCUCUGCCACAUGGUGGCAGCAAAGCUCUGUCACAGUUAGACAGAAUAAAUGGAAAUGGAAUGUUGAAAAUAAAUCACCUUUGGCUCAUGUCAAAAAUACAUCCCUAUCUAUUUAA